AUGAACAUCCUCAGCGCCUUGGCUACUCAACUUGCACGUCAAAACGAUGAAUCUUGUAGACUCCUGGACGCAUACUACGAAGUUCUUUAUCCUCCAAAAGGACCCCCACAGUCUGCAGAUGCAGACGAACCACGAGCAAAGAUUAGUCAAAUGUGUGGGACAUUUGAUCAAAAUAUCAUUGUGAUCGACGGUCUCGAUGAGUGCGAUGAUAUGACCGACGAAGUAGUGGACAACUUGAUUCAAAUAGCGGACUUUUCUAACGGGCUCUCGAUGGCACUUUUUAGCCGGGAUCACUACAACAUUCGUGUACGGCUCGAAGAAAAAAUUGAAGCAAUCCGAAGAGCAGCACAUACCGAGGAUGCUGAACUCUACGUCAUUGCCGAAGUUGACAAGAGGAUACGAACACGACAAUUGCAGCUGGCCAGUGCGGACAUGAAAGAGGAGAUCAGGAGUGCUUUGGUGGGAAAGGCCGAUGGGAUAUGGGUAAUUUGUCAGCUGGACUACCUAUGUGACUAUGCUCAUGACCAAGAGCGUCGCGAGGCUUUGAGCAAGCUCCCCCCAGAUCUUCCUGAGGGUAUCGUCGUCUGCUUGAGAGUCAACAAUUCCUCUGUUGGUGUACAGAACAUGGUCCAGAUGUAUCUUCACUUUAUGGCCGUGGCAGAUCCAAAGUUGACAAUAGCUGAGCUUCGACAAACGGUCUCAAUAACAGCAAUAGGUGGAACGCUGGACAAGGAUAACACAGAUGGUAAAUACUUCGUAUUUGCCCAUUUCUCUGUCCGAGAAUUUUUUGAAGACGAGAAAGCAAUCUUCCAAACGGCUGGGAUCGGAAAGUACUGGGCUGCUCAAUCCGCGACCAACUCCCUCCUUGCUACGCAGUGUUUAAAGUUUCUCCAGAUGGAUAAUUUUGAUAGAAUGCCCGAUGUUUCGGAUCAAAAAAUUGCUGUCAUUCACCAAAGGGACGAGACUUUUCCGUUCUACAGACAUGCUGUUCUCUUGUGGAUCAAACUUACAAAAGAUGGACUAGGCGACGCAGAAAUUUUGAAAUUAGCAAAAUCUCUGUUCCAUCUUCCCCAACCAAAGUAUUUUAUGAGUUGGUAUAUUGAGGUCUCAAAAAAUGUCAUGUAUGCCAUUGGCAUAGGCUCCAGAUUUGACACGAAUAAUGAGACUACAAUACAAGCUUGGAGGGUAGCGAGGGCCCCUUCGUUCAAGCCACUGCAUAUGGCUGCUGCUUUGAAUCUCCUUGAGAUAUGCAGCUUCUUAAUUAGUAGUGAUUCUGGGGCGAACGACAAGCUGGAUGCCACAACCCUUCUCGAUCUUGCGUUUACGUCUAUUCUGUCAGUUCCUGGGUUGGCAGAAAUGAGUGGAAAAAAAGACCCAGCAUCGCGAUCUUAUGACCACUGGAAGAAACCUGCUCCUACCUCGUCCUGGCUGGGAAACAAUGACGAUUGA